CUCGUAUUCAGUUAGUCAUUUGGCGAACGGAGGCAAGGAAGGAGAGCAGAUUGUACAGCGGAGAGAAAUAAAGGAAUCUUCACCGCGGCUUUUAAAGGUUACCUCUACGUUGACUCCCUCUUUGACCCCUCCGGUUUCCCUCUGUCUGAGUGCCAUGAUGGGGUAAAGAUUGACCUGGACACCUGAGCACCACACACCUGGAGCCUCACCUUCACUCUCACCUGAGAACAGGUGGUGAAUGUCGGCACCAUGCACGGACCUCGAAGGAAGUUGAAGGUCUUUGUAAUGACUGUGAUGACCCUGUUCAUCUUCAUUGUGGUAGAAGUAUCAAGAAGCACUGGCCAGGAUAAGAACGGCAGGAGAAAAGUUCGAGUCCCCACCAAGCCGUUCUGGAGAAAACGGACCCCGCAUGAUGCUUACUGGAACCUCCAACAGCAGAAAAUGGACCAUCAGAACAAUCCCAUCCUGAAUGGACCAAACAUGACAUUCGGCAGCAGCAGGUUGCCGGAGUGGUUAAACGAGACGUCGCUGAAUAACUCCUGUGAGCCGGAUUUUAGAGUCACUACACAAGUGAAGGAUUUCAGCUCCCUUCCAGACCGUUUUAAAGACUUCUUGCUGUACAUGCGAUGCAGGUCCUACCCCAUGGUAGUGGAUGAGCCAGAAAUAUGCAAAGAUCCGCCAUUCCUCCUCCUGGCCAUAAAGUCGCUGGCGCCCCACUUCGACCGGCGCCAGGCAAUACGAGAGUCUUGGGGUCGAGCUGGUCUCAUGGCGAACAAAACUGUUGUUACCAUUUUUCUUCUUGGUAAUGCCACCAAUGUGGACCACUUCCCAGACUUAUCACACCUGUUACAUUAUGAGAGCUCCAGGUAUGGAGACCUCCUCCAGUGGGACUACAGGGACUCCUUUUUCAACCUAACCAUUAAAGAGGUACUUUUCCUUGAGUGGGUCAACACUCGCUGUUCCGAAGCUAGCUUCAUAUUCAAGGGUGACGACGACGUUUUUGUGAACACGUUACACAUUAUCAAUUUCCUUAAGGGCCUCUCACCUGCCAAGGCGCAGGAUCUGUUUGUCGGGGAUGUCAUCACCAAUGCUGGACCUCACAGAGACAAAAAAGUAAAGUACUUCAUCCCUGAGAGCAUGUUUGUGGGAUCAUAUCCUCCUUAUGCAGGUGGUGGAGGUUACCUGUACUCAGGAAAUGUGGCCAAGAGGCUCCACGGCAUCACGAGCCAGGUGGCCCUCUAUCCCAUCGACGACGUCUACACAGGCAUGUGCCUAAGGAAGCUGGGACUUGCUCCAGAGAAGCAUAAGGGCUUCCGCACCUUCAACAUCGAGGAGAAAUUUCGUAACAACCCAUGUGCCUAUAAAAGCCUGAUGCUGGUCCACCCAAGAACUCCACAAGACAUGAUUAAAAUCUGGGCCUGGCUCAACGAUCCAGCCUUAAACUGUCAGUAGAUUCCAUUCCACCUCAGGGUUGCUAGGUUUUGGCAGCUUAUACAUUAUCAUUAUUAUUAUUAUUAUUAUUAUUAUUAUUAUUAUUAUUAUUAUUAAUCUUAUAUGAUGGUCUAAAAGUGGACUUAGCGUGUGUGCAUGCCUUGUCUCUGAGCUGAUCUAAGCUACUGCAGAAAAGGUAGCAGUUUGUAUUUUAAACAUGAUGUUAUAUAGUGUUACACGAAACCAAUUGCUGUGCCACAGAAGCUAGAAACAACAGAAUCAUGGGAACUGUAGUUCAGCUGGCCUGAACUUGGUACGGUGAAAAAAUGUGCUGAUCACCACAGUUGAGCGUAUUCUAUAAGUUAUUUUUAUGUGUCCCUAGGUUGUUAGAUAUGUUGGGUAAUCGCUGUUAUUGCACUCCCUUAUUUAGGUGGACGUCAAUUAAGGAUUAAGAACCGCAGGAGCCACGUAAAAAUAGUUCCACGUGAAUAAUGUAUUGCAAAAGCGUUGAUCACUGCCUUGUCAGUGCCUGUAUUAUCAAUGUUGACCACUUUAGCUUAUGCUUAUAUGCAAGAUUUGUCAUUGUGUUGCUAUUGUUUGAGUUGCUGCUCCGAAAAAAGUAGUAUCUUGAAAGUGCAUUGCAAUUCCAUCUUAAUCAGAUCAGUAAAAUUAGGUCAGAGAAUUAGUAUUGUGGGUCACGUACUUCUUUGAUUAGCUGUCGAGAAUGAUCUUAAGUGGAACUGUUACGUAAGUUAUUUAUCCAUUUGCACAAUCAAAUGGCUGUUCUGUUAAGAAGUAGAUUUCCAAACAAACUAAAGUGAUUAUUGCUGUAAAUGUAUUCAGCGGUCCUGUAGAUGUGUCCAGCCAAAGUGCAUCAGCUUUUGUGAGUUUUGUGCAUCAAAUCGUUCACCUCUUUCAGUCUUAGCAGGUGGAGCCAAAAUGCACUAGCAUAGCCAGCUGUAUGUGAGCCAUGCUGGACAGGCCACUAUUGUUCCCCCAAAGGAGGGCGGACCUGGAAGCAUUUCCCUCUUCUUAUUACAGUAUUCUUGUGCCUAACGCGGAUGCUUUGGAAAGCUGUUAUGACUUGAUUAAAGCGUAAAGAUGUGAGGAAUAAGGCUCAUUUAAUGGUGGACUGUUGUCUGAAGUAGACAGACUCUGCCUUUUGUUCAUUAGAUUUGACGAACGACAGAACCAGAGCAUGUUGUCGUCUGCCGGAGUGCACUUUCCAAUCCCAGACAGGGCCUGGCGCCCUAGAUGAUGGCAGUCUUUUUUCACUAAAGAAUAACGCAAAGUGGGUGGUGAGUUGGGGGAGACCAGUCAUGUUACAGCAACACCUGCAGGCUAGGUGUUGGAAGCACACCUUUUUUUGUGUUCAAGUUAUUUUAAUAAACACUGGAUCCAUGUUUCAUUAUAUGACAGGCAGAUAACGUUGUGAGAUGUUACGUGUCAAAACGUUGCUGCACUGCCUGCCUUUCUGGGUUUUAGUGUCUUUUCCCUUCAUUUUCUUUGAACGUUCUGUUGAUUUUUCCUCCUCACUGCUCAACAUAAAACCAAAUAUUGCAGACUGUGUCUGCUUGCUGUAGAAGUAGCAUCAAAGCUAAUGUUUACAUGACUAGACAAAAGAAAACAAUCAAACUCAAAGGUAUUUAUUUAUCAAUCUAAAGCAGAUCAGUCAGACCCGGUAUUUCGCACAAUAUGAAGAGAGAAGGCCCCGGGCAGGGUGACCAGAUCUUGCAUUUGCAGACAUUCUCUCAAAGGACUUGAGGGUUAGUGGUGUAUUUCAUGGGUCCUGAACGAAAAGAACACUCGAAACGCCCUGUCACUCGUCAUUUUCCUGCACUCUUCUGAAGACGGACCAAAGGUCAGACUCUGUUGCUUGUGAAUAUAUAGCUGUAUGUUAAAGUACGUAAAUGAGGUCAUACAGGAUUUCCUCCGCAGCCGUCUAGGGCAGACGGUUGAUUGUAAGAAACGGCUCUCUUUUCCGUCCUCUGUGCCUUCUAAGAUCUCCUAAGUGUCUUUCUCUUCAGGCUCUGUCACUUUGAUGUUGCUUUAAAAUGUACAGUAAAGAUUAUAAAGCAGUCACGUCUGGGCAAAGUCACGAAUUAUGCUGUUUAUCAAAAUGACUCAGGUCUUCAUUUGCUGUAGCUGUAAUCACAUAUUGACCAAAAUUAAAGUGUUGCCUGUUUUAAAAGUGUGUGCCACAAAGCAACUUGUAAUCUUUGCAAAAACUAUAUUAAAAUAUAUAAAUAAAUGGUUGUGUACAUAGCUAAUUUUAUAGUAGUCAUAUAAUAGAAAGAUAUUUUGACCAAAAUGUGCCUGCAUUUUAUUCUGCUCUAUCUCUAUUGCUGGGCUUAGUUUUGUAAAUUAUCAUGCACCUUCUUUUUUUGUUUGAUUUUUGUCUUUUUUCUGUGUUGAUCUAAAUAAAAUAAACCUUAAUUUUGUUUUUGUAUUUGUUGGUGUGUCUGUGUGCUGAAAUGCUGCCGCAUGUUUAGCUUUUUCAGUUCAUUUUUCAGUUAAAAUUGAAAUCAGAAGUUCUUUAUAUAGCUUUUCCAGAGAAAGUUGAUCUAGAGUCGGUUUUUCACAUGCAAAAGAAUACAGAUUAGAUGAGCAUAGACAGGAAUUUAUGGUAAGCUGAAGUAAAUACUGCAGGAUUAAAAUGGGGUGUGUUUCGAUUUGUCCUCCACUCAAAAAUGUCCAACCCAAAAUGACUCUGGUCAGAAAAUAGUGAAGGGCUAGUAGAUGGCAAACACAAACUGCAUCAACAGAUGAGAUGGCACGACACCACUUUUUCUUUUCCAGUAUCAAUACUGAUAUUGAGACCUUGAGCAUCAGUCAAGUCAAUAUUGUCUUUAAAAACUUUAUAAUGAGCUGUAUGUAGUUGUUCACUUACGAUGAGCGAUUUCAGGCUAGAUUUGUUACUUGAUUGGAUUGGACUCAGCAUACCUAUCAAUACCUAUAGGCCAUCUCUAGCUACAGUUUCUUACUGUAGGUCAGCAAGGUGGAGUGGCCAGUCAGUGGAUAUUCCAGCAUACAGUUUAAAUAUCCCUGGGUCAUGUUUUGUUGACUUUCCAUACAUGACAAGUGACAGGUGUGACAGACAUGACCAUGUAGGGAUAAGCAAAAAUAGGCAGAACAGAAUGUUCUAAAUACAAUCACAGUACAGGCACACACAAUCCUGAAUAUAAUAACAUGUAACAGCACUAAACACAUUACAGAGCUGUAGAUUUGAAGUUUGAAUACUGUAAAAAAAUAAAUAUAAAAUCUGCCACAACUUUUGCACAG